AAGGUUUUACUAAUUGUCUUCUCGCUCUCUCGCUUCCAUCAUCCAUGUUUGUUCGUGGUCAUUUUGCAUUUUUGUGCUACAAUUUCUAGUUUCAGUAUCUAGUGAUUUAAUUCUUAGAGGAGUGUAUUAAUGAAAUUAUCGGAAACACGGCGACCUUGUGAGGAUUUGUCGCCUAGCAGAAAGUGCAUCACGGUGAUUUAACAACAGGGAGGCACGACAGAAGAGACAUGAAUACCAACGGAUGCAAUGAUGAGGCGAUGGCAACAAACAGAAGCGGUGCGCAGCGGCCAAACGGCGCGCCGCAGACGAAGGUCUGUCAGUUUAAGUUGGUGUUGUUAGGGGAGUCGGCAGUGGGAAAAUCAUCCCUGGUGCUCCGGUUUGUUAAGGGACAGUUCCACGAGUACCAGGAGAGCACCAUUGGAGCCGCCUUCCUGACGCAGACCCUAUGUCUCGAUGACACUACUGUUAAGUUUGAGAUUUGGGAUACGGCAGGGCAGGAGAGAUAUCAUAGUCUUGCCCCAAUGUACUACAGAGGAGCCCAGGCAGCUAUCGUAGUUUACGAUAUUACUAAUCAGGACACGUUCGGCCGAGCCAAGAACUGGGUGAAAGAACUGCAGAGGCAGGCGUCACCAUCAAUCGUAAUCGCACUCGCGGGUAACAAGAGCGACAUGGCAGCCAAACGUAUGGUGGAAUUUGACGAGGCACAGGCCUACGCCGAUGAGAACGGUCUGCUCUUCAUGGAGACCAGCGCCAAGACGGCAAUGAACGUUAACGAUAUCUUCCUAGCCAUUGCGAACAAGUUACCAAAGAGUGAGAGCGGCGGCGGCGGCGCGGCGGGCGGCGCGCGGCGUCUCGCAGACGGCGACCAGCCGCGGACUUCCACCUGCUGCAAGUGAUACCGCCCGAAGCAGAGUGUGGGAAUGUGGCGCGAUGCGGCGCGCGGAUGAGGUCAAGGCUUCGUUAGGCUGAGUACACGAAACACCUUAUCAUUAUUGUUAUUUACACUUUGUUUGGUAGCGGACUGAGCAUAAUUAAAAAUUAUAAAAAGCUCUUAUCAGUGCAUAAUAUAUCCAAACUUAUUUCUCGCAAAAACGCUUCAACGUUACCCGGCAAAGUGUAUAUACCUCGCCAUUCUCAGACUGGCGUAUUUGACAACCACCAUCUCUGUUGAUUGGCUUUUUAUUAUGUAUUCUAGUAUUGCCCUAUAAUUCAAAUUUUAACCUGUUAUCAGAUUUACCGUUGUUAAACAUCGCCGGUCUAGAAUAGCGUCAAUCAUUUACAGAUAUGUUAACGAAUUGGUAGGAUUACUGUAUAUUACCCGUCGAUUGUCAUCCAUUGAAUGCGACUGGUGCUUUUUUUCGCUUAUGACAUCACAAUAGAGAUAGCUGUUAUACUUAGAUGCUACAGUGUUUUGAAUUUGUAAAGAAAGCUAUUUUAAUUCCUUCCUUAGUGCCGUAUUCAAUGGACUGAUUAUCGUUAUCAUUUGUUUGCCGUACCGCGACUAGAGAUCACCUUUAGUUAAUAUAGAUGAAAUUAGAACGCCUUUGUUAGUUUAAACUCUAAUAUUCAGUGAACAGUAACAUAUGUAUAAUUUUGUUAUAAGGGUAUUUGUACUAUGUGGCAGUUCUAGCUGUAUUUUACUAUCGCAUUCCAAAGGGGUGUAGCUGUAGACAAGGUCAAUUCUGUUGUGAAAUGUAAAGAAUCAUUUCUUGAUGUAUAAUUUGGAAAUAAUCAGAAUGAAUAUAACCUUAAUUCUGUUUGUUAGCAUUAUUUUUCAAAUAAAGUAAAAAAAUAGAGCCCAAAAAUGUAAAGUUUACAUAUAAACAACAGAACUGACAAGAGUCAUGUUGACAGACCCAAAAUAAUAAAAGUGCAUUAAAAAGAUUUCAUACUCCUUUGUAGAAGUCUGGGUUGUCUAUGCUCUAUCCUUUUUUCUUCGUAUACUGAUAAUUUUCGUAACCUUAGAAUAAGGAAUGAAUUUUCAUCUGUAAAAUAUGAAAACUAAAUAGUGAUUGUAACAUAAUUGAAUUUUAAUAAUUAUUGCACAUGUAUGUAGCAAUGGCGCUUAUUUAUUAUCUGUCAAUUAAGGUCUUUUUUUAUAUAUAUGUAUAUCUAUUUAUGCUCGAUAAUAAUAGACAACUCCGUAUAAAAAAAUAAAAGCAAUGCAUUUCUACCUAGAGGGCAGAACUAUUAAAAUCAAUUUUAUACUAAGCCUUACAUUACAAAUGUAAUUUCAUUCAAGAAUGAAGUGCUUUUAGGAUUCUAAAUCAUUUUUUGGUGUUAUGUCUUGUGUUUUAUAUAUAUUUGUUUCGAAAAAAUAUUAACAUUAUUCAUUAAAUUCAAAAAUUAGACAUCAUACCACAAAAUGUGCAAUACUUAGUAGUAAUCAGACCGUCUCCUGUUUAAAAAUGUCUAAAUGAAAAUAAUCAACUAAAAUAUAACUGACACUAAAAUAAUCUUUUGGUUUAAAAGGACCAUAAAACUUAAAACAGGAUGCGGUAUGAUCCUUUAUAGUUAUAUGUAGAUGUUAUCAGAACAUUCGUGUAAUGAAAUUAAAACAAGCGGAGAUGGAAGGUCAUAUAGUAUGUUUUUGUAUUGUGUAAAUAUUUUGGAUUUAUUAAGAUUAUUAUAUUGAAUAAAAAAAUAUUGUAAAUGA